AAUGUGAAUCCAAUGAUUCACUACUGUUUAUGCGCCCAAUUGGAUCUUGACCCGGUUGCAUCCGGGCUUGGUCCACUAUCAAGAUAUGGAUCUUCUCUCUGCAGCAAAACAGCUUCUUCAAUGGCGGUCUCGGAAGGAGCAGCAGCAUUAUCCGCCUGCGGCAAUAAUCAGAUUUGAUUGCUUGUGAUAUAGCGAUACUUGGGCAAGUUUGAUCGAGUCAACCAGAAUACUGCUAGAGGAAAAAGAUAACUACUAGUUGUGUUGAGAUACUGGUAGUGGUCACACCUUGGGUGCUCCAGCAAUGGCGGUGGACAAGGACAAGCUCAGAGUAGCAGCGUUCACGAUAGCUGCCACCUGUUUCUUAGCGCUUGUAAUCUCCAUUCGCUUCGUCGGGCAAUUCUUGAUGAAGUCAAGAAGGAAGAAGUCGUGUUAUUUGACUACGGAAUCCAAACCCCAGUAUGCGUUCAAGCGGGUCUUGGCAGAUAACUCGUACUCGCAAUUCAAACACCUCAAGCUCCAUGCAGCAGACUCACAGUCCGAUGAGGACUACUCGAAUUUGCAUCCUUACAGGGGAGAGAUUUCCCAGUUAAUUAAGAAUCCGAAUGUAGCGUUUUUGGAGGUUCUUGAUGGGUGUGAAAAGGGGGUUUUGGAGAUGGGAGAUUCUUAUGUGUGGGUUGAGACUGAGGCGCAGUUAGGUGAGCUUGUGGAGGUGUUGAGUAAUGAGAAGGUUUUUGCAGUGGAUACGGAGCAGCAUAGCUUUAGAUCCUUCUUGGGUUUCACGGCUCUCAUUCAGAUAUCCACUAUAAGGGAGGACUAUCUGGUUGACACAAUUAUCCUGCAUGAUGUCAUGGGGCUUCUUAGGCCAGUGUUUGCUGAUCCUGGAAUAUGCAAGGUGUUUCAUGGUGCUGAUAAUGAUGUUCUCUGGCUGCAAAGAGAUUUCCACAUCUAUGUUGUCAAUUUAUUUGACACAGCAAAGGCAUGUGAUAUUUUAUCAAAGCCACAGAGAUCAUUGGCAUAUUUACUUGAAACAUACUGCAGCGUAGCCACAAAUAAACUGUUACAGAGAGAAGACUGGAGACAACGUCCAUUGCCAGAGGAAAUGAUACAAUAUGCUCGGACGGAUGCACAUUAUUUGUUGUAUAUUGCAUACUGUCUCUGUUUGGAGCUCAAGGAGAGAAAUGAAAAUUCGUCUCCUGGUGACAAAUUCCAUUUUCUUCUCGAGGCCAGUCGACGUUCCAAUGCAACUUGCUUGCAGCUUUUUGCAAAAGAUAUUGAAGCUUGUCAAGGAGAAUUAGCUGCGUCAUCAAUAGUUUCUCGGUGCUUGAAUGAUCAAGGAAAUAUCUCAUCCAGUCUUUGUGAUGAUAAGUUUCAGGAACUUGUUCGGCGACUUUGCUUAUGGAGGGAUAUAAUGGCUCGUCUCCAUGAUGAGAGUCUGAGAUUUGUUUUAUCAGAGAAUGCUAUCAUUGCACUCGCAGCUCAAAUUCCGACAGAUGAAACAGAUAUUUGCAGCACUAUAUCGGAAGCUGAUCGAGAUGUUGAAUCUGUGGCUCUUGUUCCUCUCCAAUCUCCAUCUUCUGUAGUUUGUUGUCAUUUGGAGGACCUUCUUUGCCUGCUUCAAGAAAACACAGCUAAUCUAGAUAAUAUAUUUCAUCGUUUCAUCCAGCAGCACCUAGGUCCAGCUGGUAGUUGUCCUCUUUCUGCAUAUAAUUAUGCUUUACUGUCCAAAACUAGCCUGGGAGUAACAUAUAAAUCCACCUCCAACCGUAAUGGGUUUAGGGCUUCAAAACAGAUUGCAAAGAAGGCUUCCCGAGAGCUGUUUGUUCAAAAAUUUUCAUGCAAAGCACCAGUUUAUCACAACUGCAAGAUCUACGCAAAUGAUGGCCGAUUAUUAUGUUACUGUGAUCGCAGAAAGCUUGAAUGGUAUCUUAGUCGGGAUCUGGCGAAACUUGUAGAACAAGAUCCUCCUUCCAUCAUGCUUCUCUUUGAACCCAAAGGGCGUCCAGAAGAUGAAGAUAAUGACUUUUACAUUCAGAGUAAGAAAAAUAUAUGUGUUGGUUGUGGUGAAGGAAACCAUUACUUAAGAUACAGAAUUAUACCCUCAUGCUACAGGAUACAUUUUCCUGAGCACCUGAAAAGUCACCGUUCCCAUGAUAUUGUCCUCCUUUGUGUGGAUUGUCAUGAAAUUGCUCAUGCUGCUGCUGAAAAGUACAAAAAACAAGUAGCUGCUGAGUUUGGAAUACCACUAUUUAUUCGUAAAGUAGUUGACUUUGAUAACACACAGCAUGUACCUUCAUCUAUGCCUAUUGUGACGUCUGAGGAGAUAGGUGUGUCUCCUUUACAGUUGCGUACUGCUGCUAUGGCUCUGCUACGCCAUGGACCAGAAAUGCCAUCCCAGCGUCGUCAAGAAUUGAUGCAGAUUGUCAUGACGUACUACGGAGGGAGAGAAAUAUCGGAGGAAGAUCUUGAAAGAGCUUUGAUAGUUGGAAUGACUCCUCAUGAGAAAAGAAAAUUUGAGAAAAAAAGAGGUUUUGCAUUUAAACAUCUGACAGGAGGUAUUAAUCUGAAUGAUGGGAAAGAAAAUAAUAUUGGCAGCAAAGGAACUCCCUCUCUUCAAACUGCGUUGAAAGGUGGAAGUAUGGACGCCAAUAUGACACUGAUGAAUCGGGAACAAGAUGUUGAUACUUUGAUGAUAGAGGACAGAGGAGGAAGCACUCAACCUUCAUCUUUGAAUGAUGGUGGCAAUAUUGUUGAAUCUACUAUCGAUACUGAUGAUGUGAUGUCUGACUUAAAGAUAGUUGAAGAUGACCAUAUUUCUGGGAAUGGAAUUUUAUCGAAUGAGACAACUUGUUCCAUGCAUGUCGGAGAUGUUCCACUGAAGCAUGAAUCAAAAUUAUCGUUAUUAGGACAUGGACCGCAUGGGAAACAGGUAGUCGCACAUCUGCUAAAGGAGUACGGGGAAGAUGGGAUUCGUGAAUUCUGUCAGCGAUGGAGACAAGUUUUUGUUGAAGCUCUUCAUCCUCGUUUCUUGCCUGCUGGCUGGGAUGUCAUGCACAGGAUUUGAUGUUGGACACUUUUUUGCCAGUGGUAAAAGAGAUUUCGGAGAAUACAGCGUCUACAAUCCCACCAAGAAAGCUUCCGGGGUUGCUGCUGCAGGAUAGAAGCAGAAUAUCGUUGAUUUCAGUCGUAUAUCUUCAUGUUUUUUACUUGUGUGUUUUCUUUUUCUUCUCUCACAUGUUUCUACUCUCCAUGUUUUCUGUUCCAUGGUAGACUGUGUUAUUUAUUAUCAAUUUUCUUUAAAAAAAUAUUUAUUUGUUACUUUUCAACGAGCGUAAUUCUUGAGUCAAGGCCAA